AUGUUGAUCAGUGGCAAUCUCUUGCGCAGUGCUCACUUUUCCGGCAUGACAUCGGACAUGGGAACUGUACUGGGGCAGUACUUGCGGGGUAACACGGAAAGUGCUUGGAAGCUCCCCGCGUGGAUGGCGCUGGUAUCCAGUUUUACUCUGGGAGGAUACGUCUCGGUCAAGGCAGUGUCCGCAGUGGGACGAACGGCAUUGAUGCUACCGGUGUCACUGUAUCUUUUGGUGAGUGCUUCUGCAAGUCUGCGGCAAAGACUCACAGCGAAGGAUUAG